GUAUAAAAAACCUCUGACUGCUUAUUGUGCAUUUCGGUUAAAAGUGCAUAUCUCCUCACUGCAAUUAGCUUAGCUAGGUUAACAUGUAGUUAAGGUUAGCUAGCUAGUUAAUUAACACCCAAACUAGUUGCCUGCUAGCUUGACGCAGCGCCGUGAAGUAACGUUAGUAGUCUGGCAAUGCGAGACUAGCUUGCUAGUUACUUGGCUAAACCUUUUUAACAUAACGUAUACUGAUAAUGUUGUAUUCAAAACUUUAUUGAAUUUUUUUUAAUUAUUAUUUUGUUUACUAAUUAAUUAAACUGCAACGUUAUACAAAACAUAAGGCGCCAGGAGCCCAUGUGAAUAGUGAAAUGUUGCGUAAGGACAUGUUCGUAGGAUAUUUAGCGAUAGCUCUAACGUUAACAUUAGUUAUUUUAAUGUGCAUGUUAUGAAGGCAGUCAGGCUCUACAUCCAUGCAUGCAGUCAGGAGGAUCAUGGUUGAGGGGCGGGUUUAGUGCUAUUCUGGGAAUCCUUUUGCGUAGCGCAUCUGUAUCGGCAAAAACACAGCGAUGUGUGGCUCUGCUGCUUCGCUUGCAAUGUCUCAGACAAAUUCAGUGAUUUAUCUGCACAUGGUAUAGUUUAUCUACUUCGACCAACCUAGUCAAGAUUGAGCACUUCAACAUAAUGGGUGUGUGCUGCACAGGACUUCAUUGUUAGUCUUCAUAUAUAACCCGUCAAAAAGUAGCGAGAGUCAAAAAGUUUACUGAAUCAGGUGAGAGCAUGGCACAGGUAGAGGAGUCUCAAACUGAAGGAGAGGGUAGCCCUCAGUUGAUUUCCUUAAGAUCAGACAUAUCAGGGAACCACAUGGACGAUGGAGAAGUGGGACCCUCAAUAAGGAGGAAGAGGAGGAAGAAGAAAGACCCGCGUCCAGAAUCCAUUAUUGUUUACCGCUCUGAAAUGGAGAGGGCACCUGGAGAGGACCAAGGCGGUGAGGAUGGAGCAGAGAGGAGCACAGAGGAGGGUGCUAAAUUCCUCUGCACACCUACAGGAGAAGGAGGAUGGAGCCUUCCUCCAGACAGCCGCUACGUGACCCUGACGGGUACCAUCACCCGAGGAAAGAAGAAGGGUCAGGUGGUGGACAUUCACCUCACUUUGACAAAGAAGGAACUUAGGGAUCUAGCUAAGUCAAAGGAGCGUCUUGAUGCAGAGUGUGAGGCAGGAGAGGGCUCUAAACGCAAUUGCAGUUUAGGUGUGUGCCAGGGACCCCAUGUUGUCCUGUGGAGCCUCUCCUGUGCCCCCGUGAUUUUCCUUCUCGCCUUUAUAACUUCCUUCUACUACGGCACUCUCACCUGGUACAAUGUCUUCCUGGUGUACAAUGAGGAGCGAACGUUCUGGCACAAGAUUACAAUAUGCCCCUUCCUCAUCAUCUUCUACCCCAUGCUCAUCAUGCCCAUGGCGCUCUCUCUGGCUCUAUAUUCCGCCGUGGUGCAGGUGUCCUGGGCCUUCAGCGAGUGGUGGCAAGCUGUGAGAGACCUGGAGAAAGGCUUCUGCGGCUGGGCCUGUGGGAAGCUGGGACUGGAGGACUGUUCCCCCUAUAGCAUAGUGGAGCUGCUUGACUCUGAUACUGUUUCUGGCACUCUGCAGAGCAAAGCCCCCAGUGAACUUGCCCAGACAUCAUCAGUGUAAAGUGUGGGUGUG